AUGGCGACAGUCACGGGGCGAGCGACGCUGGACAAGGCCAGCCUCACGGUCUCGAAAUCCCUAGCGAACGAGCUGACCCUGCCUCCUCAGACGACUCCUUUCGUGCCCCCACCCGGUUGUGAGCUGUCGGUCUACUGCUACGCCUAUUAUCAUCUCGCCUACGUCCAGGCGACAUCCACCUCAAAGCACGCCCUCUCCGGCGAGGAAUGCCAGGCCAUCCACAAGUUCAAAGAGUCCAAAACCGAGUACAUAGGCCACAACACGGCCUGUUUUCCCGAUGGCUACGCCAGCCUGUUCCCCGACCAGUCAGGCGAGCCCGUGAGCGGGAUGGGCGACGCGACCAACGACGCCGCGCUGGCCACGGCCGCCUACGAGGGCACGGCGUGCAUCGCGGACUGGACCGCCGCCUGCACUACAGCCGUCACGCAGCAGGGCCAGGCCUACUCGCAGGCGUGGUGCUGUCCGCCCGGCGGCUGGGCGUGCACGUCGCGGCUGGGCUACCCCGGCGAGACGGUUGAGGAGCGCCUGUGCAUCAGCACGCUGACCGAGGCCACCGACAUAUUCAUGAGCUGGGACCCGCCGUACACGGAUGAGACGCGGUCGCAGCACUUCACCUGGACGGCGGCCAUCACGAGCGAGCCUGCCCAGUUCGGCCUCAGUGUCUACCACCGGGUGUUUCCUCUGCAGCUCACGCUGGCGCCGACCGUGAAGGCGUCAUCGACGGCAACCCCGACGACGACGACAACAGCUUCUUUCUCAGAGAUGUCUGGAACGACGAGGGUCGGGUCGCUGUCUUCUGACGUCCCUACUACCGCAAUGGUGACGACUGGCACGACGAGCGGCCCGCCGACAGCUACUUCGAGCGAGACGACCAAGAGCAACGAUCCCACACUGUCCACAGGCGCCUUAGCCGGCAUAGCAGCCGGCGGUCUGGUCUUCGUCAUCGGUUUAUUCGUCCUGUUCUUCUUCCUCUACCGCCGGCGCAAGAAGCGUCUGACACUGGCUGCGCGCGGCUACUCGCCUCAGCCCGAGCACCACCGGGGAGCCGACACCUUCGGCGGCGGCAAGCCGGAACUCGACGGCACUGCCACGUCCGCUUCAGAGGGAGCACAACGCCAGUCCGAGCUCGACGCGGGGGGCCGACAGGAGCGACACUUGCCCGAGCUGGGGGGCAGCUGCGGCACUGCGUCGGCCGGGGUCGGCAGUCCGGUCAGCGAGCUGAGCCCGACGACGACGGUGGGCGGGAUGAUGUAUCCGUUACCUGAGGUACGGCAGAAGCUUAUGUUUGAGAUGCAGGCGUGA